AUGCCGCCCAAAAAGUCCACCAGCGCCUCUAACAAGCGUGCGCACGAUGAACCCGACGCUAGCCAACACGCGUCCAAGAGCGCACGAACCGGGGAUGCGCCAGCAGAAGAGCAAGGCGGAAGCUCUUCAGGGCCCAAAGGUUCGCGUAAGCGUCGCAUUUCUAGAGGCCCCAACGGGGAGACUAUGAUGCCUCAGUACAUGCCCCGUGAGUGCGCAGAGGCAAAAGUCAUCGAAACUCUUCCCAUACCGUCAGGAUGGAUCCUUGGUAUUGACGCGAUUCCCGAUCGCGCCAUGACCCUGGGUAGUCGCAAGUGGUGGGAGGAUCACGGCGCUUGGCUUGAGGCCAACAAGAAGGCUCUGAAGCUUCCGGAAGCCAAGUGGAAGAUAUCAGAACGCGCUCGCGUCACGGAUGAAGAUGACGAUGAAGAUGAAGAUGAGGAUGAGGAGGACGAAGAUGAGGAAGACGAAGAAGGUGAGGGCAACGGCAAAGACGACGACAAGGACAAGCCCUACGACAAGCUCGCUUCACUUCACCCAGACUGGCCUUGGUCUUUCACCAUGCGUGGUAUCGAUCGCUGUGACUGGUGGCAGCAGGAGGCCCUCAAGCGCAACCAGGAUGAGUUUGAUAUGCACAUCUACAAUGACUUCACCGGCUACGGCAUGCAUGAGGUAAUGGAGAACAUCUUUGCUCAGUUUGGCUCGGUCUUCAAGCCCAAGGCCAGCUACCGUGAUAUUUGGCCUGAGGUCGAGGGCAUGGCUAUGGUCCUGCGAAGCGGCUUGAUUGACUACAUGAUGUGCGACGACCCCGACAAGUGCGAGAGCAUCAGCGAAAUGGUCGGAUAUCUCACCCUCGCCACCAUCGACGCCCUCAAGGCGCAAGACGUCUUCAAGCCUGACUCGGACAUCCGAAAUCUCGGCACCGUUCUGUUUAUGCUCAUCAGAUGGGGCCGUGAACAAAUCGACUACGAAUUCUCCGAGGAGUGCUGCUCUUGGAUCUACAAGGUCAUCGACCUUGCCGAAGAAGCUGGUGUGCAGCUCGCCGCUCCGCACAACUUCGACAAGGCCUACGAUGAGAUUGUUAAUAACCGUGACAAGAGGGCUAAGAAGAUGAAGAGAUGGGACAAAGUCAGCUGGCCUGCCAAGGUCAAGGCUUAUACCACCAAGCACAUUGGAGGCGCUCGAGCUAAGCUAGGUGGCCACCAGUACGACAUUACCAAGUUUACCAAGGCGAAAAGGGACCAGCAUUCAAUUAGAGCUGGAGGAGGUUGGGAUAUGAUGUGA